AUGAUUCAACUAAAAACGAUGCUGAACUGCAUCGACAACUCCGGGGCCGCAGUUGUCGAGUGCGUCAAUGUCCUGAAAAAGAAGCGCCCUGCUACAGUUGGUGACCGUAUCGUUGUCGUGGUUCAGAAGCAACGGAAUUUCGGCCCCGAGACCGCCAACAGCAGCGGUAUUGCGAACAAGGUCCGCCGAGGAGACAUCCGUCAUGCCGUCGUCGUUCGUGCGAAGAAGGAAAUGCAGCGACCGGAUGGAUCGAUUGUGAAGUUCGAUGACAACGCCUGCGUGUUGGUGAACAAAUCCGGUGACCCCAUUGGAACCCGAAUGAACGGUCAGUGA